AUGUCCGGUCAGAAGCCCCUGCACUUCUUACGGCAAACUCCAUGGUGGCGAGAGGUGGAGAGCUUCUUAGAAUCAGGGAAGGACUCCAAAGCUCUUCCUAAGACGGUCAACUCGGCGGAGAGGGACGUGAUACGUCAAAUAUGUAAACACUUCGACUGUAGUUUCAAGGUGAAGGGUACAGGCAUCCAGCGGCAGAUGUAUCUCAUCAAGCCAGAUUUCAGCUACUUCGAUCGAGUUGAAGCGGAUCAGGCUGCUUCGCAGGCUUUGGCUUUGCACAGCCGUGGAACUGAUGAGCAGAACGAUGCUGAAGCACAUCGGAAAGCUAUUGCGACCUUGAGUGCUACCAUUAACCGGUUGAAGGACAUGUUUGUCGAUCGGUCUUUCCGCUUCGGACAAACCCAGAUUACUAUGGCUCGGGACGAAAGGAAACUGGAAAUCGCCACUCGAGAAGCAGAUAUACUACGGAAGCUGGUGGCAGCCUAUGAGGGGAUAGUUCAUAGCGUGUCUGAAAGGUUCGCGGGAGCGGUCAAAGAGAUCGAUAUGGACCACAUCAAUGCUCUGCAAAACGAAAUGUCCAGUCUCCGUGCUAGAGGAAGAGAAACGACACAAUACUCGCUCUGCGUGCGUUGCAGCCGAGCUAGCGUUACGACUGCAGUGUCUCCCUGUGGGCAUGUGUUUUGUACUGAUUGCGCAAAAAGAGUUUACGAUGACGGCAAGUGUGUGAUAUGUCGCGUGAAGACCGUAGAGCGCGCCAAGACUAUGGAGCCUUCAUCGAAGCUUUCUGAGGACUCUCUUCUAAGCUGGCAACUACGGCAAACUUUCCUAACAGCAGCCAUCCCCUUUGUUGGUUUCGGUUUCUUGGACAACAGUAUCAUGCUGGUCGCAGGUGACUUCAUAGAUGCAAAGCUAGGUGCCGCACUUGGUAUUACUACUCUGGCAGCUGCAGCUUUGGGUAAUUCCAUCGGGGAUGUAUCAGGGAUAUGGCUGGGGAGCACAGUCGAAGCUUUCACUCAUAGAAUGGGUCUUCCUGACCCUAAUUUAACCAAGGCACAACGUAUGUUGCAUUCUGUAGCUCUCACGAAGACAGCUGGGAAUGUUGUCGGGGUACUCAUCGGUUGUUUUCUGGGUGAGACCAGUGACCAGAAUGUUCCCUCUGAUGUGGCCGGAAGAUUAUCGUCUGUGGCGUUCACCAGAGCAUAA